CGUCGUGCUUCGCUAUCAGCAACAACCGGUCUGACGACCAUGCAUUCUGUCCUUUUCCUCCCCAUUGCUCCUGUGGUGCGAGCUCAACAUCGCUUCGCUUCAACUUCAUCUUCACGUUGAGUCCGUGGGGCGUGCCAUGUGUGCUGCCACUGGCCGGAAGUCAGCUCGCGGACGAUUUCCGGGCAGAGUGUGACGUCGGGAAGAAAAGAUGGCGUGGCAGCUCGCGCCCGUCGCAGACGAGGACACCUGAAUGGGGCGAGACCGAACGGCGGCAGGACGUUAUCUGGAAGCAGGGGAGGCGGUAGCUGGUGACGGAGAGAAGCCCAUUCCCCUCUUGCCACAUGGCUGGCGUAUCUCUCUCUGCAAUGUCCUCCCACAAAAACUGACCGUCACUACUGUAAUAUUGAUUAUUUAUGGAAUGUCGUGAAGGGGAAAAGUAUCGUCUCCUCGCUUACUGUUUCAUUUUGGCAGUAGCUCGAUGCAUUGUUUACGUUUCAGAGAUUAGUUUAUGGAUCGAUCAUCGGUUGGAGCCUUGUUGCUUUUGGCGCUUCUUUAAAGGUCAUGGCGUUUUAGAGAAGGAAGAUUGAACUUGGGGCAAAUUGGCUGUAGAACCAACUACAAGAUAGAGCCGUCCCUCGUUUCCUCCUGACCUCCAACGGUCCUCCACCGUCCUCGAAACCCGAUGUCGUAACAAAUAUCGCAGAACUUUUGUCCUCUUCUUCUUCUCAGUUACAGGCGGCAAGCCUGACCGGAAACGGCUGGGCGUAGCUCCCCAUCUGCAGCGCAGCGUCCUCACCUUCCAUUUCCUCGAUUAGAAAGAAGACAACUCUUUCCUUUCGUGUACUUCCUUUCCUCGCGCACGUUAUGAGCCUCUCGACCCACCUCCCCGGAAAUUAAAGACGGAGCCCGACUGACCUCUGUCUCUCUGAAUUCGCCACUGCCAUCGCUACCAUCAUCAUCAUGAGCAACAAACACAGGACGACUUCGUCGUCUCGACCUCUUCCCGGACACAGCAAGCACCAGCCGAUCGGUUUCAAGAAAUCGGCGUGUUUGAACGGCCAUGUCCGCCGGGAUCCUGGGUCACCGCAGCGUGGACCUCUUCCUGAAGCCCAACCCCGGCGAAUGGUAGUGUCGCUCCAAGAACGUGGAGGAGGGGAUAGAUUAGGCAGCAGCCAGAAACUGACUAAGCUGCUGAUUCAUGUCACGGUUCAGCGCAGCAUCUCACCGGUGAACGUCAUCAUCUCGCCGGAGAGCACCGUCGGGGAUCUGAUCAAGGCCACGUUGGAGGUCUACGCCAGGGAGGGGAGAAGGCCCCUGCUGAGCACAACGGACCCAAGUGCUUUCGAACUACACUUUUCGCAAUUCAUCCUCGAAAGCCUGAACGCCGAGGAGAGGAUCAUGAGUCUCGGCUCCCGCAAUUUUUUCCUUUGUCCGAAACAGGGAGCUCCCAACAACAAGAACACGUCGUGUGCAAACGAAGCAGAGAAGGUGCGCCACAGCAACAGGGCCUCUCCCUCCCGCCUCUUGGAGAUCAUGGAUUUCCUGCUGUAACCUCCCCAUCCUUUAAUUUCCUUCUGUAAAUGACAUGGAAGCGUUUAUCUCUUGGAACGAUUACAUGUUCCUUUUUCUUCUGCUUCUUCACUCUGAGAAUAAAGGUAACGAGUUUCAAUCUGA